AGCCAAGCAACCCCCAAACCCCCACCAUGGCUCCGGCGGAUGCCGGAGGCGGCGUAGAGCAGCCUCGCAAGGCGCAUCGCGUGGCCAAGUCGGGCGCGAAGGCGCAGAAGAGGAAGGGCAAGGGCAAGGGCAAGGGCGCCGCCGGCGACGAUGAAGGGGGCGAGAGGAAGAAUCCCAAGGCUUUUGCCUUCCGUUCAGCAACAAAGGCGAAGCGUCUACAAUCUCGAUCAGCGGAGAUUGAACAACGCCGUCUCCAUGUGCCAAUCAUGGACCGCUCAAUUGGUGAACCACCUCCAUUUGUUGUAGUAGUCCAAGGGCCUCCGCAGGUUGGGAAGUCGCUGCUGAUAAAGUGUCUAGUAAAGCACUACACUAAACAAAACUUGUCUGAAGUCCGUGGUCCCAUCACGGUUGUAUCAGGUAAAAGCAGGAGGGUACAGUUCUUGGAGUGUCCAAGUGAUAUCAAUGGAAUGAUUGAUGCCGCUAAAAUAGCAGAUCUUGCACUGCUGCUUAUCGAUGGUAGCUAUGGAUUUGAAAUGGAUACAUUUGAGUUCCUUAAUAUCAUGCAAGUCCAUGGAUUCCCCAAGGUGAUGGGGGUGCUUACACAUCUGGAUCAAUUUAAAGAUGUAAAGAAACUUAGGAAAACUAAGCAGCGCCUUAAGCAUCGGUUCUGGGCUGAGAUAAAGGAGGGAGCAAAACUAUUCUACUUGUCUGGUCUCAUUCACGGAAAGUACACAAAAAGAGAAGUCCAUAAUCUUGCAAGAUUUAUCUCUGUUAUUAAGCCCAUCCCUUUGAGUUGGAGAAUGGCACAUCCUUAUUUAUUAGCAGAUAGAUUUGAAGAUGUAACCCCGCCAGAAAGUGUCCGCUUGAAUAGGAAAUGUGACAGAAAAAUAACGCUAUAUGGUUACCUUCGUGGAUGCAACAUGAAAAGAGGGACCAAGGUGCAUAUCACAGGAGCAGGUGAUUUCAGCUUGUCUGGUGUAACAAGUUUGGCCGAUCCUUGCCCUUUGCCAUCAGCUGCAAAGAAGCGAGGACUACGUGACAAGGAGAAGCUGUUCUAUGCACCUAUGUCUGGUCUUGGGGAUCUCCUGUACGACAAAGAUGCAGUGUAUAUCAACAUCAAUGAUCAUCUUGUUCAGUUUUCAAACACUGAUGACAACGAUGCAUCUAGAAAGAAAGGGAAAGGCAAUGAUGUUGGCGUGGAUCUAGUAAAAACUCUUCAGAACACCAAAUAUUCCCUUGAUGAGAAGUUGGAUCAAAGUUUUAUCAAUUACUUUGGCAGACGGCCGGCUGCACAAUCCGAAGACAGUGUCAUGACAGGCAAUAACUCUUCAAGACAGAAUGACCAGGGAGAUAAGAUUUUGGAGCAAGUAGGUGGUAGUAACAUCAGUGCUGACACCUUGGAGAGGAAUGAACACUCUUAUUCUGAGUGCUCUAGUGAUAGUGAAGGUGAUGAUGCUGAUGACAUUCAGCCAAGUGAUCAUGGUGUUGACUUGAGAGAAAAAGUGGAGUUUUGCAAUGGAAGAAUAAGGCGAAAAGCUGUAUCAGCUAAUUUUCAAGAUGACAACGAUGAUGAUGAUAAUGAUGAGGGUUCCGAUGAAGAUGAUGGUUAUAAUGAAGAUUCAGGUGACGACCACCUAUCUGAAGGUUCUUUAUCAUCAGAUGGUAGUGGAGAAGCUCUUGAUUCAGAUGAUGAAGCUGAAAACACUUCGAAGUGGAAAAAAUCCUUACUUGCUAGAACACUGUCCAAACGGAGUGCCAGUCUAAUGCAACUUGUAUAUGGGAAACCUUCAACAGAGCUAGACAAUGACAACAGCAAAGAAGAUAGCUCGGAUGAAGAAUUUUUCAUACCGAAAGGACAAAAGAAGCAAGCACAGAAUGAAUUACCAAGCUUUGAUGAUAUCGAUGCUGAAGAUUACUCUAAAUUUUUCAAAUCGGAACUACGUGAUUGGUCUAGUGGAGAUCUCGUCGAGAGCAUCCGGGACCGUUUUGUGACUGGAGAUUGGUUAAAAGCUUCUCUAAGAGGACGUGAGAUAGAUGAAAACGGAGAGGGUGAUGCAGAAAUCGAUGGUGAUUUUGAAGAUCUGGAAACUGGUGAGGUACACAAGAGCCAGGCCACUGAAAAUGCAGGGAAGCCAGGUGUUCAAAAAGAAGAUGAACUAAAAGUUGAAGAACUACGGCUCAAGAAGCUUGCUCUUAAAGCAAAAUUUGAUUCAGAAUAUGAUGGAUCGGAUCACUCCGGUGAGGAAGUUGAUAAUGAUAAGAAGAAAUCCAAAAGAGACCAGUCUGAAGGAGGGGGCUAUUUUGACAAAUUGAAGGAGGAAAUUGAGCUACGCAAGCAAAUGAAUAUAUCUGAACUCAAUGAUCUAGAUGAAGAUACACGAGUAGAAAUUGAAGGAUUUAGGACUGGUACUUACGUCAGGUUAGAGGUACAUGGUGUACCAUUUGAGCUAGUUGAGCAUUUUGAUCCUUGCCACCCCAUUCUUGUUGGAGGUAUCGGCCUUGCUGAGGAGAACACUGGAUAUAUGCAGGUUAGCUUGAAGCGCCACAGGUGGCAUAGGAAGGUGCUGAAGACAAAAGAUCCGAUCGUUGUCUCUAUUGGUUGGAGACGUUUCCAAACCUCACCUGUUUAUGCAAUAGAGGAUCGCAACGGACGGCACCGUAUGCUCAAGUACACACCUGAGCAUAUGCAUUGCUUUGCUAUGUUUUGGGGGCCACUUGCUCCACCAAAAAGCGGUGUACUAGCAGUCCAGAGUCUUUCCAGCAAUAAGGUACCAUUUAGAAUAACUGCAACUGGCUGGGUUCAGGAAUUCAACAAUAGUGCCCGAAUUAUGAAGAAGAUCAAGCUCACAGGCGCACCAUGCAAGAUAUUUAAGAAAACUGCACUGAUUAAGGGGAUGUUCACAUCUGAGUUAGAGAUUGCUAGGUUUGAAGGUGCAGCCAUUCGGACAGUAAGUGGAAUUCGAGGACAAGUUAAAAAGGCAGCAAAGAUUGAACCUGGAGAUGUCCUAAGGAGAAAAGGAGAAAAUACAGACGGUAUUGCGAGGUGCACAUUUGAGGACAAAGUUCUUAUGAGUGACAUUGUCUUCAUGCGUGCUUGGGUCAAUGUUGAAGUUCCCACCUACUGUAAUCUUGUGACCACUUCUCUCCAACCCCGAGAUGAGAUGUGGCAAGGUAUGAGAACAGUGGCUGAGUUGCGGAGGGCGAACAACAUACCUAUUCCACACAACAAGGACUCUGUUUACAAGGAUAUUGAGCGGAAAGUGCGGAAGUUCAACUCUAUAGAGGUCCCUAAAAAACUGCAAGCAAUACUUCCUUUUACUUCUAAGCCGAAGGAUAGACCUAAGAGUAAGAAGCCAACCACGGAUAGGAUCCCAGUAAUCAUGGAUACUGACGAGAAGAAGAGGAAUGCAGCUAUUCAACAGUUGAAGCAAAUAAAGCAUGAAAAGAUGAGGAAAGAGAAAAUUAAGCGUGGGCUGCAGAAGAAAGCACACGAGGCACAGAAAGCCAAGACCGAUCUGGUGACCAAGAAGCGACAGAGGGAAGACAGGCGUGAGCGAUACAGGGAAGAAGAUAAGAAGCAGAAACGUGCCCGAAGAUAAGUGGAACGAUUCAGUGUGCAAGGGAUGGUACGCACGUGGUACCAUGAGACACACCUACUUGAGGGUACGCUUUUUUCCAAGGUAUGUACUCAGCUGACACGGUUAGCAGCAGACGACUUGAAGAACAGGCUAGCACCAAAUCUGGUUUGGGAUGCAUAAUAUGAUGGUGUUGAUCACUAGCAGGAGAAAAAAAAACGAGGAAAUGGUACUAAUUAUGUCUACAUUUGAGCAAGUGACGCUAUUUAGCAUAGAAGUUUGUACCGCUGUAUUAUGUUGAACUGUAACGUUGAGGGACAGAACAGUCGGCCAAUUUUGGUUCCUAAGUUUUUCCCAACUGUGGGUAUACGUGAUAAACUGACAGGGAUUUGCCGUUGAC